AAUGGGCAUCGUGGAAGAUGCAGAAAACCCCGUUUCCGAGGAAAUCCCCAGCCAUUUGAUGAAUAAGAAAUCAGAACAGAGAUAACAGGAUGGUGGGCCCAAAUGGAUGCAUGUGUGCAGCUAAAAGAGUCAUCACUCCUUUACCCCUCCUUGGCAUGCUUACAAGUUGCAUCUUCAUCACCAGUCUGAUUUGUUUCGACUCCGAGUCACAAUUUCCAACGAGACUGGAAGGCUGCCAUCCUUGAGGGACCGGAACGAAUCAUGCACACCUCCACCAUGGCCCUCGCCGGGCUGGCCGCCACUGCUGCUGCCGAGACCAUUCACGGUGCCCUCGUCUUCUCCCGCCACGGUGACAGAACCACCAAGCACUUCGGUUCCCAGGUGCUCACCCCCCUCGGCGCUCAGCAGGUCUUCCAGGUUGGUAGCGACUACCGCGCCCGCUACCUUUCGUCAUCCUCCCCGCAUCACAUCCAGGGCAUCUCCGAGUCCGAGUAUGUCCCGGCCCAGAUCUACGCCAGCGCACCGGAUCAGCCAAUCCUCCUCAACACGGCCACUUCUUUCCUCCAGGCCCUGUACCCCCCACUCGGUGAUACCGUCUCCGCUCAGGACCUCGCCAACGGCUCUUCCGUGUCGAGCCCCCUGACCGGCUACCAGUACGUCACCCUGCACGGCGUCAACGACGAUUCUCCAGAGAGCGUCUGGAUCAAGGGUGACGACGACUGCCCGGUCGUGGCCGCCGCAUCGGCCGACUUUAAGAAGUCCUCCGAGUUCCAGUCCCGCCUCGCCUCCACUCGCGACUUCUACCAGUCCCUCUACCCGCUCGUGCACGAAGUCUACCCGUCCGCCUCGGACCUCAGCUACGCCAAAGCCUACGACAUCUUCGACGUGAUCAACGUCGAAAAGAUUCACAACGCAUCAUCCCCAGCACAAGCCGUCACCCCGACCCAACUCCACCAGCUGCGCACGCUCGCCGACAGCGCCGAGUUCGGGCGCAACUACAACGCCUCGCAGCCCUCACGCUCCCUGCACGCGGGCACGCUCGCCGGCGCCGUGCUGAGCCACCUGAACCAGACGGCGGCCACCAACACCCCGCCGGCGUCGGCAGCGCCCAAGCUGACCGUGCUCGCGGGCAGCUACGACACCUUCCUGGCCUUCUUCGGCCGCGCCCGCCUGACCGACGCCUCGGACCAGUUCUUCGGCCUGCCCGACUACGCCAGCACCAUGGCCUUUGAGCUGUUCACGCCUGGUGAGACUAAUGAUGAGAGUAUGGACCGCUCGGCACUGCGCGUGCGCUUCCUCUUCCGCAACGGCACCGCCGGCGCGCUGCGGCAGUUCCCGCUGUUUGGGACUGGCAAGGUUGAGCUGCCGUGGGCCGAGUUUGAGCGCGAGAUGCAGCAGAUCGGGGUUGGUUCGGCGGAGGAGUGGUGCGGCCUGUGCCGGAGCGAGGCCGUUUUCUGCGCGGCGUACCGCGACGCCGAUCGCUACGACAUCCUGGGCGGGGGGCGGGGUUCCGUGGUUAGCAAGGGGUCGUGGAUUGCGGUGGUGGUCGUCAUGGGCGUGGCUAUUGCUGGGAACCUGGUCUGGGCUGCUAUGUGGCUGGUCAGGAACCGCCGUGCGAAGCGGGAGAGGAUGGCGGGAGUGGCGAGUACGGCUGCUGUCGGCGGGGAUUCGGAGAGUGCGAGGAGCUACGAUAAGGAGAGCGUUUAGUGCCCCCGAUGUAAGGCAUAGUACGGGAAUGUCGCUGUCACCAUGGGCUCUUCAUGAAGAUAUGACUCGGGUUGGACUGGGGUGCUUGGGUAUAGGGUUGCGAGCGAAAACAAUGAAUGGACACUACAUCGGAGCAUAUUAAUUUGUAUUUUGAUGGCUCAAAUUUGGUAGAAGGAA